AUGAAUAAUACACCUACAAAUAACACUAACUCAAGUUCAGAGUCAAGAGCUGGCUCUUUUCUCUCAAACGAGUCUAACAAGAAAGAUAAUGUCAUCAUCGAGUUAGACUCUUCAAAUCAAGAACUUCCUGUCGAAAUUCCCAAAAAACCAGCUUCUGCUUACAUUACCGUUGUCAUCAUUUGUCUAAUGGUUGCAUUUGGUGGUUUUGUCUUCGGUUGGGAUACUGGUACCAUUUCCGGGUUUUUAGCUCAAACUGACUUCUUAAGAAGAUUCGGUGAAUUACAAGCUGAUGGAACUUACGCUUUCUCUAACAUUAGAACUGGUCUCGUUGUCUCUAUUUUCUGUCUCGGCUGUGCAAUUGGUGGUAUUCUUUUCUCUAAAUUAGGUGACACUUACGGUCGUAGAAUUGCUUUGGUUAUUGUUACUCUCGUUUAUAUGGUUGGUAUUGUCAUUUGUAUCUCAGCUAAUUCAAAAUGGUACCAAUAUGCCAUCGGAAGAGUCUUUGCUGGUUUGGGUGUUGGUGGUAUUGCUGUUUACUCCCCACUAUUAAUUUCAGAAGCCUCUCCAAAACAUUUAAGAGGUACUUUAGUCUCAUGCUACCAAUUGAUGAUUACCGCUGGUAUCUUUGUCGGUUACAUCUUAAACUACAUCACUAAAUCAACCUUAACCAACUCGUUACAAUGGAGACUCCCACUAGGUCUAGGUUUCCUCUGGGCCAUCUUAAUGAUUGUUGCUAUGUUCUUUGUUCCAGAAUCCCCACGUUACUUAAUCGAAGUCGGCAAGAUUGAAGAAGCCAGACGUUCUGUCGCAAGAUCUAACAAGAUCGAUGUCGAAGACCCUGCUGUUACUGUCGAAGUUGAAUUCUUAUCCGCUGCUGUCGAAGCUGAAAGAGCUGCCGGUAGUGCUUCUUGGGGUGAAUUAUUUUCUACCAACGGUAAGGUUCUACAACGUUUAAUUAUGGGUAUUUGUGUCCAAUCAUUGCAACAAUUAACCGGUGCUAACUACUUCUUCUACUAUGGUACUACUAUUUUCAAGUCUAUUGGUUUAGAAGAUUCUUUCCAAACUUCUAUCAUUAUCGGUGUUGUUAAUUUUGCCUCUACUUUCGUUGGUAUCUACUUCGUUGAAAGAUUCGGCCGUCGUAGAUGUCUAUUAUGGGGUGCUGCUGUUAUGACUGUCUGUUUCGCAAUUUAUGGUGCUAUUGGUGUCAAAGCCUUAUAUCCAAAUGGUGAAAGUCAACCAUCCUCCAAAUCAGCUGGUAACGUCAUGAUUGUCUUUACUUGUUUCUACAUCUUCUCAUUUGCUACCACAUGGGCUCCAAUUGCAUUCGUCAUUGUUGCUGAAACUUUCCCAUUAAGAGUCAAAGCCAAGGGUAUGGCCGUCUCAGUUGGUGCUAACUGGACAUGGAAUUUCUUGAUUGGUUUCUUCACCCCAUUCAUCACUGGCGCCAUUAACUUCUACUAUGGUUUCGUCUUCAUGGGCUGUCUAAUCGUUGCUUGGGUCUACGUCUUCUUCUUCGUUCCAGAAACUAAAGGUUUAUCUUUAGAGGAAGUUAACACUAUGUGGGAAGAAGGUGUAUUACCAUGGAAAUCAGCUAACUGGGUCCCACCAGCAAGAAGAGAUGCCGAAUACAACCCUGAAGAUUUUGUUAAGCACUAG